UAUAAGACAGCAGUAGCAGCAGCAGCAGAGAUCUGCAAUAGAUAAACACACAGACUCACACACACCAGCUGGAUUGCUCGCAGACACACGCCACAAGCAUCAAGAGACAGGCGCUGUAGAGUCGGGGAAUCGUGGCUCUGGUUUCUGUAAUAUCCUCUUUUAAUGGGGUUAUUGUCAUCUAUCAUUUCAGUGGAAAACUGCCACCGAGAAAGAAAGAGGCAGGUGUGCCCUUUAAGAGGGGGAGCAGCUGAGGCAAGGACGGCAUCCGAGUCUCCAUCCUCUGUGGAGGUUUUGCAGUUCUGAAGAGUGCACGAGAGAGAGGCACGAGAGAGAGGUGGUCAGACAAAGCUCUGCUUUCUUUCUGUCGUCGUUCCUUCACCUCAAAACAGGUUGCAAUGGUUGGCAGUAUUCAAAGGUUUAAACCUGUCUGAGUGAGCCCUAUGAACAGCAGACUCAAUGGACAUCAAAGGCCAGUGUUGGACAGACGAGGAGUCAGACGGGGAGAACGAGUCGGAACAGUUCCUGUAUGGCAUUCAGGGGAGCUGCGCUGCUGACCUGUACCGUCACCCUCAACUGGAUGCAGAUAUAGAGGCAGUGAAAGACAUCUACACUGAAAGUGCUGUCUCCGUUAGGGAGUAUGGAACCAUUGAUGACGUGGAUAUCGAUCUUCAUAUUAACAUCGGUUUCUUAGAUGAGGAGGUUGCGACAGCUUGGAAAGUUAUCAGAACAGAGCCCAUUAUUCUGAGACUGCGCUUUUCUCUUUCUCAGUACCUCGAUGGACCUGAGCCGUCAGUAGAAGUGUUCCAGCCCUCCAAUAAAGAAGGCUUCAGCCUCGGCCUACAGCUCAAAAAGAUCCUGAGCACGUUCACCUCACAGCAGUGGAAGCACCUCAGUAAUGAGUUCCUCAAGGCCCAGCAGGAGAAGAGGCACAGCUGGUUCAAAGCCGGAGGAACCAUCAAGAAGUUCCGUGCCGGGCUCAGCAUCUUCUCCCCCAUACCCAAGUCUCCAAGUUUCCCUCUGAUCCAAGACACAGUUUUAAAAGGGAAGCUGAGCGUCCCCGAGCUGAGAGUGACCCGCCUGAUGAACCGCUCCAUCUCCUGUACCAUGAAGAACCCCAAAGGGGAGCUCUUCAGCUACCCACCAAACAGCCAGACUGUGGCUGUCCCGGCGGCCAGGGCCCCUGCGCAGAUUACCACGAGGCAGCUGAUUGAAUUGUUUUUCUCAUCCCAGGCGGGCGGCCACUGCAAGAACAUCCCUACCUUGGAGUAUGGCUUCUUAGUGCAGAUAAUGAAGUACUCGGAGCAGAGGAUCCCCACGCUCAACGAGUACUGCGUGGUGUGUGACGAACAGCACGUCUUUCAGAAUGGAUCCAUGCUGAAGCCGGCCGUGUGCACCAGGGAGCUGUGUGUGUUCUCCUUCUACACUCUGGGUGUGAUGUCUGGAGCUGCAGAGGAAGUGGCCACCGGAGCAGAGGUGGUGGACCUUCUUGUGGCCAUGUGUCGAGCUGCUCUCGAGUCGCCCCGUAAGAGCAUCAUCUUUGAGCCCUACCCGUCAGUCGUUGACCCCAAUGACCCCAAGACUCUGGCCUUCAACCCAAAGAAGAAGAAUUAUGAGAGACUGCAGAAAGCAUUGGACAGCGUCAUGUCCAUUCGGGAAAUGACCCAGGGCUCAUAUCUAGAGAUCAAGAAACAGAUGGACAAACUUGACCCUUUGGCCCAUCCCCUGCUACAGUGGAUCAUUUCCAGUAACAGGUCUCAUAUUGUCAAGCUGCCUCUGAGUAGGCAACUGAAAUUCAUGCACACCUCCCACCAGUUCCUGCUGCUCAGCAGCCCCCCGGCCAAGGAGGCUCGUUUUCGCACUGCCAAGAAGCUAUAUGGCAGCACCUUCGCCUUCCAUGGUUCCCAUAUAGAGAACUGGCACUCUGUUCUGAGAAAUGGACUAGUCAAUGCCUCUUAUACCAAACUGCAGCUGCAUGGGGCAGCGUAUGGAAAGGGCAUCUAUCUGAGCCCCAUCUCCAGCAUUUCUUUUGGAUACUCAGGGAUGGGGAAAGGACAGCACCGCAUGCCCACCAAAGAUGAACUGGUGCAGCGCUACAACCGCAUGAACACCAUACCACAGAGCCGUCCAAUACAAUCAAGGUUUCUUCAGAGUCGAAAUCUGAACUGCAUCGCUCUGUGUGAAGUUAUCACCUCUAAAGAUCUGCAGAAACACGGAAACAUCUGGGUGUGUCCGGUGUCCGACCACGUCUGCACUCGCUUCUUUUUUGUGUAUGAGGAUGGCCAAGUCGGAGACGCCAACAUCAACACCCAGGAGCCCAAGGUGCAGAAGGAGAUCAUGCGCGUGAUUGGGACCCAGAUCUACUCCAGCUAAUGGCGGUUUUCCAUACGUCUCUCUGGCGAAGGCACACAGGCAGGCAGACAGCGAAUGUUUGGGGCGGGCCGACCUCAGGCCUGACACUGAAGGCCGAGGGAGCUCUUGAGCACAUUAUUUCUUAAGUCGUUUUGUUCUGGUCCUCUCGUUCUCCUCUCCCUUCUUUGUUCCUCUUCUCCGAGUGGCUACACGUACAUGCUCAUUUAACCUUCAGUCAAAGUCUUUUCUCAGUUUUGUGUGUCAGUUACAAAUGUAACACACCGAUGAAGAAGAAGAAGAAAAAGGGAAGUAGUCACUGCUAUGGCUCUCCACACACACACACACACACACACACACACACACACACACACACACACACACACACACACACACACACACACACACACACACUCUCAAACCUUGGGUCGACUGGGCUUUCUCCUUCCCUGCUGCACUUUUACUCAUUUUGGACUAAUUAUCUCUUUUUAUCAUUUUUCUUUGUGAAUAUCGAGUAAAAAUAAAAUAAAAGAAUCAUUCCAAACUAUAAUUAGAUCCCUUUGUGGCAAAUAAGUGAUGGAUUUCCAGGCACAUCAUAGAAGUUUGUUCUAUUAUUGUUGUUGCAAAGGCAUUAUCUCCAUUCCGUUUAUUUAAUAUUCUUUGACUAAUGACAUGAAUUAAGGUCUGUGACAUGUUAUCUGAGGGGCAAGCACGACUGUCAAUGUGUCCUUGUCUGUUCUCAGAAUCCAAUAAGCGAGGUGUGGCUUGAACUCGAGUUACAUACACUAUAGGCACUUUGUUUUUGAUAACAUUAUCAAAUGUAAAAAUCCAGCCAUUAACAGUAUUAUGAUUUGUCAUGAUUGAUAAUGCACUUUCAAAACCUCACAGCCCACCAAAAUGUCAAACCAAUAGGAAUUUAAAAAAAGAGAAAGAAUAGUUUUAUCCGUCUGGACGUGGCAGACGCAACAACAAGGGUUUAAGAAAACGCAGUGGAUUUAAUAUGUGGACAUGUUAUAUCUGUUGCCUAUGUUCACAAAGCAAAGCGCCAUUGUUUUUGUUCAUGUAGUCAUCACUUGGUGGAUAUCUCAUGUUGAAAUGAAUCUCUUUGUGUUCGAACUACACUUUCCAUUGGAGUUACAACUUACAAAAUCCAAUGUACAGAAAAUCAUGGACAAUUUUACCAAACUAUCUGCUGGUAGCAUCCAGUCCAGGUGAGCUCACAUCCUCCCCGGCCCCCCCAUCUGAUGGACACUGGAUGUUUCACCCUGGAAAAUGGCAACCUUGUACAGCUAAUCAAGUUUAUCAGUUAGUCAUGUACUGUAUGUAUGUAUGUAUGUACGUGUGGGUUUGUAUUUUCUUGACAUUAUACUAGACAUUGCACUUAUUCAACGUUUGCCUAAACUGGAGAAAUGGACUGUCCUCGGACCUGCAGUACACGGGUAGUGGAGGAAAAGUGCUGAAAAAAGUAUUUAUGGAGUCAGGAAGACUAUAAUAUCCAACAUCUUAACCGUGUCUGUUCUGAGACGGGCUUUCAGUGUCUCCUGGAACUAAAGAUACUGACUGCUUAAUGGACUUUUGAGAGACACUGAAAGAGAGCGAAUUGUAAGUAAGGACAUUGGAGACCUUGUUGAAAUGUAUUGCCCAAAAAGAAGUGGACAUGUACGGCUUACUCAUUGUGUUGCGGGGACUGAGCUAAUAGCUGGUGCCUGUUUUUGCAAAGAGGUUUGAGCUGCGAGUGUCUUUGAGAUCUAUUCUCUGGCUGUCUGUCUCCGGUGAGUAAUGCUUUCAAAGAUGAUGUUGACGACGAUGAUGGUGAUUAUGGUGAUGAUGAAAGGCGACGAUGCAGAAGAAGAAGAAGAAAAAAAAGAAUAAAGCCUGAUUUUGCACAGUUUUA